AUGAGCAUUAAAGUACCGACACUUGGUUUUGUGAAUUGUUGCAAAUGCUGUUUGGAUGAUGAAAAUCUACUUUAUAUGUGGGAAGAAUCCUACAGUGAUGGACAGAUUGAAAUCUACGGUGACAUGUUAUUGGAAUGCUUCUCAUUGCCUUGGCUGAAAAAAAACGACAGUGAUCUCAUUUGUAGCUCUUGUGUUGACAAAUUACGGAAUUCUCUCAACUUUAAGAGAGAGAUAGUAGCAUCUGAAGAAAUUUUGAAGGAAGGUCUCGUUCUGCAAACUGAUAUUACAUCUGAAGAGAAAAUUGAAGCUGUUGAUGACAAUUCUGCAGAGAGUUGUAAUGUUAUAGUACCUGAUGAAGAUGCACUCGUUACUGAAAAAGCUGCAGAAGUAACUAACAAUGAAUUACUAGUAGAGAUGCCAGUAGAGACAUCAAAACGAAAGUGGCCUAAGAAACGAAAAGGUGCAGAUCGUUUAAAAGUGUACAAGAAGUACACCCAGUGGGAUUUAAGGAAAGCAAUUAAAGAUAUAGAGGAAAAUCAAUUGUCACUCUCAUAUGCGUCGGAAAAAUACAAUAUUCCAAGAUCUACUAUGAAAACUUAUAUAAAGAAGCUAAAUGAAGACCCAGAUGCGUUAUUAAAUGAUUUCAAUGAAGAAUCUAGUAAGGGAAAACAGUUUAGAUUUAUUGAAGAGAUUAAAACUCUUCUACAAUUCUCAAACAUCAUGCCGUUUAAGUCGAAAACAGCCAAAUAUUACUGUGCCUACUGUUCAACUGACGGUCCAGUGUUUCAAGACGCGGAUGAAUUAAGACUUCACACAAAAACCCAUGAAGCGGAAAGAUUAAGUAACGUUGAUCAUUUCAUGAGACCAUAUUGGCUGAAUGAGAUACUGAAAGUUGAUGUUAUGAAUUUAUCAUGUGUCGUAUGUAAUAUUAAACUUGAGGAUUGGAAUGCCAUGUUCCAACACUUUGAUCGAGUCCAUGAAAUAGAAUUCAACGACGCCUACACAAAAAUAAUACCAUACAAUCUGAAUCAUCCAAUUCACUGUGUUCUUUGCUCUGAGCAUUUCACUAACUUCCAUCAGCUUGAUGGACAUAUGAAUAGACAUUAUGACAAUUACAUCUGCCCAGAAUGUGGUGAUUCCUUUGUAGCGAACAGCCGUUUGGACAGACACAUACAGCUUCAUAAACGAGGACAAUUUCCCUGCGAGCUAUGUGGAAAAGUGUUCCCAGUGGAAAAGUAUAGAGUUAAACAUUACAAUUUAGUUCACAAAUCCACUUUUAAGUGUAGAUUAUGUAAGGAGGCGUUCACUUCGGACUUACUUAGACAUUUGCAUAUGGUUCAGAGUCAUAAUAGCCAUGUCAAGACAUUAACUUGUGAGUUUUGUGGUCAAGUGUUUACGUAUAAACCAUAUUUUCUUCGGCAUGUGGAGCGAAUGCACAAUUUGAAGAAGAGGCAAAAAUGCACAGUGUGCCUUAAAACAUUCAGAUACUCGCACGAGUUAAAGAAUCAUUUUAAAUUACACUUGCAAGACGGUAAGCAUAACUGUCCUGAAUGUGGUCUCGGCUUUAAUACUUUCCUCGCUUUGAAGAGACAUGCUCAGAGACAUUAA